AUGUCGUCUUGGCUCGGCGGAAUCGGAUCCGGCCUCGGCCAGUCGCUCGGCCAGGUCGGCGGGAGCCUGUCGUCCUUCACCGGGCAGCUCUCCAACUUUACCAAAGAUAUGUUGCUGGAGGGAGUGGAAGAAGUUGGAGAUGCCGCCACAGAGCUGCAGUUGUCCAAUUCCAAGCUGGCUGACUUGGAGGCUGCCCUUUCCUCUUCAAAAUUUGAGUGUGAAAGGUUGAAGAAGAUCCAGGCCGAGCUAGAAGAGAAGCUGGAGGCGUCAGAGAUCCAAAUCAAGCAGCAGUCUGCCGAAUACAGGACGCUUCUGCAGCAGAAAGACGUGGAGAUAAGUCACCUAAAGGCUCGACAAAGCGGCCUCCAGGAGGACGUCCAGAAUCUUCAGCGCUCAGCCCAGUCCGCAUCUGCUGGCCCUGCCUUGUUGCCCGUCACCACGACGUCUGCCGGCAGUGUCGCCGCGUCUUCCUUCCUGUCCCGACCUUCCGCGUCCCACCACGGCUUCCAUGGAGAUGACAUGGACCUCAGUGAGGUUAUUUCAUCCCAGCAGGAGAUCAACCGACUGUCCACCGAGGUGUUGCGACUGGAGGCGGAGGUGACACACUGGAGGCGCAUUUCACAGGUGUCGACAGCAGUGGGGGCAGGUAACACUGAGCAGGGUGAGAUUCUCAAACUGCAAAGAACAGUUGAGGAGCUACGUGACGAGCUAAUCCGCCAGGUUGACGAGCACCAGCAUGAGCUCGCCACCCUGCAGGACGCUCAACGCCAGAAGAUGUCCGACCUUAUUCGGUGCCACCAGGAGGAACUGACUGAGUACGAGGAGAGAAUCGAGGAACUAGAAGAGCAGCUGCAGAAUGGUGUCUCUCCAGCCAGCUCCCCAUUAUCAAACCCGUCUAAAGAGCUGGAGCUUCAGACCACUGUUGAGGCCCUGGGCAAGACCGCCGAUGAGCGGGAGACCCAGCUGUCCGAGGUAUGCGCUGAACUGGUGGCGGCGCGACAGGACCUGGCAUCGCUGCGCUCGGAGAGGGACGACGCCCAGGAGGAGAACUCUGCCCUGCUGCAGAACUACGCCCGGCUGCAGUCCUCCGUGGACGAGCUUCAGGCUAGGGUGCGUGAGCAGGAGGGGAAGUCUGUACAGAAAGCCCAGCUAGAGCACGAGAUCCAAGUACUGAGGCACAACCUCGCUGCUGCCGAAAUGGAAACUGAGAAACUGAAAAGCCGGGUUGAGGCAGAACCGAAGGAGGAAGUGGAGCAUGCGGAUAUCUUAGAACUGAACACUAUGAUCAGCAAACUAAGAAAAGAGAACGAGGUCCUAGAGGCAGAAAAGGUCAGUCUUCAUGAGAAACUAGGCACCGGCGUGGAUGGCGCAACUCGACCAGCUGACACCGAAUUGAUGGAAGACCUGAGGAAGGCGCUGGAGAGACAAGAGAAGACCCUGAAGGCCACAGAAGAGGAACGUGACACCCUGCUGAAUGAGUUAGAGGAGCUGGACCGGCAAAACCAGGAGGCCACGCAGCAUCUGAUCUCUGUGAAAGAUCAGCUAAAGAAUGCCGAGGCAGAACUUGGUGCCACCAAAGAACGGAAUAGUGGACUGGAGCAGGAUCUGGUGGCUCAGAAAGAGAAGCUUAGCAAGAGCGCAUUCACGCUCAACGACCUGCACAUGAGCAAACAGCAGUUGGAGGGCGCCCUCCGGGAGCUGAAGGACAAACUGGCACAAGCUCAAGAACAGAGCAAGGAGGCCCGAAGAGAAACAUUAGAGCUGAAGAAAAACCUGUCUGCGGCAAAAGAAGAGCUUUGUCAGGCGGAAAGGACAAGAACUGAAGAAUGCGAGCGAGCGGCUAAACACAGAGAAGUUUCGGACCUCCAAAGAGAGCUGGAGAAAGUGACGUCGGAGGGCUUUGAGCUGAAGAUGGAGAACGAGAAGUUGAACGAGGCUGUGAGGAAAGCAGAGGACCAUUUGAGGGAAAGCCAGAUGGCGGCGAGCAGGACGUUGCGGGAGAAGGACACACGCAUCGAGGCCCUCAAGCUCGAGAAAGACCAGCUGGACGGCGAGCUGCAGCGAGCCGAGAGCUCGCUCAGAGAAGGAGCCAAACAGUACCAGCGCACGGUCGACGAGCUGAGUCGAGCUCACUCCAUGGAUGCAUCGGCUCUGCAGAUGGAGCACGAGCGAGCUGUCAAGCUUAACCUCGAGAAGGACACGGAGAUUGCUCAGCUACACCGUGACAUGGAGCAGAUGGUGGCCGACCACCGGGACACCAAUGAAAUGCUUGCCAUCACUGUCGCCGGGCAGAAGCAGCUGACCGACUUGCUCCAGGAGAAGGAUGCCUUCGCCGAGACGCUAAAGCAGAAUGCUGCGGAAGCGCAGGCCGAGCUGGAGACGAGCGUUGCAGAUGCCCGGAGAGAGGCCGACAUGCUCAGACAAGUGAUGGAGGAGAAGGACAGGCAACUGGCUGGCAUGAAGGAGGACAACAGCCACUUGCAAGAGGAACUGGACCGCGUGCGGGAUCAGCAGAGCAGACCUCCGCGUACCCUAGACAUAAUCACCGAGCUGGAGGCCGAAAUCACCCAGCUCAAGUCAUCAGGAAGCGGCCUGGAGAAGGAAGUGCGAGAACUCAGGCGAAGCUUGGACGAACGACAGGCAGCACUUCUCAACGCUCAGAGUGAGCUAGAGCAGGCCUCGCUCAACUUCGACAGGCUCCUCCGGGCCAAGGACCAGGAGCUCACUGAAGUGCGGCAGACGCUGGAUACUCGAAGUCCAACAGAGUCCCAGACGGACCGGGAUGACAUCAUACUACAGGAAGACAAGACAGUGUCCCUGAACCAGGAGAACGGCAACGAGAAGCAUGACCUCUCCAAAGUGGAGCUGGAACGACUGGUGAAAGGCAUGAAGGAGAAGGAGACGGAAAUCAGCCAGCUGAAUGAGAAGAACCUGUCUCUCACUAGGGAGCUGGACCAAUUGGCAGUGUCCCGUGACGAAGUGGGGAAGCUCUCCCAAGUGAUUCUGCAGAAGGACUUGGAGAUCCAGGCACUUCACGCACGAGUCACUAUGGGUGGCGGCGGUCAGGACGUCCUCUUCCUGCAGCAGCAGCUGCAGGCCUACGCCGUGGAGCGGGAGCAGGUUCUUGCUGUGCUCAACGAGAAGACCCGAGAUAACAGCCAGCUCCGCUCCGACUACCACCGCCUCAUGGACAUUAUGGCAGGCAAGGAGGCGGCGCUGCUGAAGUUGCAGCAGGAAAACCAGCGGCUCUCCAACUCGGGCGACCCCUCAGGGAACCAGGAGAUGUUUAAGGAGACCAUCCAGAAUCUCUCGCGCAUCAUCCGGGAGAAGGACAUCGAGAUCGACGCGCUGACACAGAAGUGCCAGACGUUGGUGACUGUGCUGCAAUCGUCGGGCGGCGACACUGGCGCCGGCGGUGUCAGCAGCAACCAGUUCGAGGAGCUAUUGAAGGAGCGUGACACUCUCAAGCAGCAGGUGAAGAAGAUGGAGGAAUGGAAGCAGCAGGUGAUCACCACUGUCAAGAACAUGCAGCAGGAGUCGGGGCAGCUUCAGGAGGAGCUGGUCAACCUCAAGGCUCAGGUGUUGGCCGAUGGAGACGCCGGUUCCAAACUCUCCGCGGACUACGCCACGCUAAUCCAGAGCUACGAGCACAAGGAGCAGCGACUGGGCAGCCUGAGUAUGGAGCUGGCCCAGGUUCAGCAGACCCUCAGCCAGCUCAGCACCACAAAGGAUCAUCUGUUGGGCCGUCUCGACCAUGCGGCUCCCACAAGCAAAGCGGAGAUGAACGAGGACCUGACGUCACUUCGAACCCAGCUCGCAGAGCGGGAGAACCUGAUCCGGACCCUCCAGGAGAACAACCACCGGCUUUCCUGCUCAGCCUCCUCCUCAGAGAGCGAGCAACGGAACCAUGCCGCUGAGGUCCAGCAGGUCCGAGCCAGCCUGGAGGCGCUACAGAGGUCCGUUCGGGACAAGGACCUCCUCAUUAAGAGUAAAGGUGACCAACUGACUCGAGUGGGUGAAGCGCUGCGCAACCGCGAGAGCGACAACGAGGUUCUGAAGCAGGCAGUCACCAAUUUGAAGGAGCGCGCCCUCAUCCUGGAGAUGGACGCCAAGACGCUGAAGGAAGAGAACGAACGAGUGGCGGCGCGCUCGCGCGAGAAGGAUUCUGAGUUCCGAGCGCUGCAGGAGACCAACAUGCAAGUGUCCAUGCUGCUGCGUGAGCGUGAGUUUGAACUUGGUGCUAUGAGGGACAAAGCUGCCACUGUGGAGAAGAUGCUCAAAGACAAAGAACAGGGUAAUUCAGGGGAGCUCAAUCAACUCCUGAAUGAAAUCAAGUCCAUGCAGGAUAAAGCGGUGGCAUUCCAGCAGGAGCGGGACCAGGUGAUGAUGGCGCUCAAGCAGAAACAAAUGGAGACAACGGCGUUACAGACCGAGCUUCAGCACGUACGUGACAAAGAGCAACGUCUGAACCUGGAGCUGGAGAGGCUACGCAACCACCUGUUGGAGAUCGAAGACUCGUACACGCGGGAGGCCCUCGCCGCCGAGGACCGUGAGACUGAUCUUCGGCGGCGAGUGGCCCUGCUGGACGAGCGGCUGGCCACGUCCUCCAGCGCUGUGGAGAGUGCUAGCCAACAGGCCAGCAUGCAGGUGGAGUCUCUGCAGGAACAGUUGAGCUGUGCGGUUAAGCAGCGGGAUGACGCCCUCCUGCAGCUCGGGACCUCCCAGGAGCAGGUCAAACAAUAUGCCAUUUCCCUCUCCAACCUACAGAUGGUGCUAGAGCAGUUCCAACAAGAGGAGAAAGCCAUGUACUCUGCAGAGCUGGACAAGCUCAGGAAAGAGAAGGAGGAGUGGCAAAGGAAGGCGGACAAGCUAGAAGAUCAAGCGUCUGCUCUUCAGAUAAACUUGGACGAAGCUAACGCGGCUCUAGAUUCAGCGUCUCGCCUCACCGAUCAGCUGGAUUUCAAGGAGGAGCAGAUCGAGGACCUGAAGCGGCAAGUGGAUGUGAGACAAGAGAUGUUGGAAGAGGCCCAGAAGAAACUAAUGAACCUGUUGAACAGCACGGAGGGCAAGAUUGACAAGGCCCUUAUGCGUAACCUGCUCCAGGGCUACUUCCACACGCCCCGAAACAAGCGCACGGAUGUGCUGAGGCUCAUGGGUAGUGUGCUGGGUCUGGGCCAAGAGGACAUGGAAAAGAUGCUGGAGGAGGACACGACCCGUGGUGUGAGCGGCUGGGUGUCGAGCUGGCUCGGCGGCCGGGGGGCACAUAGCGUCCCCAAUACUCCUCAGAGGCCCAACAGCGGACAUAACUUGAACACGUCCUUUUCAGAGAUGUUUGUCAAGUUCCUGGAAACCGAAUCGACACCCUCACUCCCCCCACCCAAGCUUCCCGUCCUGGAUAUCAAGCCUCUGGGCCCCCCACCCUCAAGGAAAAUGCCCACGACUGGUGCGACGGCAGCUAGUAAGACGAGCAACCCCUUCCUGGCUCCACGCUCUGCCGCCGUACCCCUAUUGGGGACUGGCACCAUCACCCCCGGCGGCCCGGGCGGGCACCUAUUGAUGAAACCCAUCUCGGACGCUUUACCCACCUUCACACCUGUGCCCGUGUCGGCCGAGGCAAGCGGUGGCGCCGUACUCAAGGACCUGUUGAAGCAGUGA